CUAAGUGGAGGGAUGUCCUAGCCAAGCCUGCCAUGUGCCAUGGAGGGAGCUGCAGAUGUGCCCAACGGGGCACUGUCCUUCCAACGUCUUUUGUGCAUGGGAGCUCCGUUCCUGGAGGUCCGCGCAGAGGUACCCCCCAGCCUCUUGGAAGACUUCAAGCUUCGACCCAAUGCGGUGGUGCAAGUGGAAGGCCACAUGCAGACCAUGCUCACUGAGAUCAAUCGAGUUUGCACAGAGCUGGGCCGCCCCAUGCUCUACGCGGCCGCGGGCGAUGCCACGACCACCGCCAUGACGGUGCAGGCACUUUUGAGAGAAGACCCUGGCUAUUCCUUCGAGGCGACCCAGCAGGAUCCGGUGGUCUCCCUGCUGGGCGGCGUGGGGCGUGACCAGCUCGGCUACAAGCUGCAGGACUACCUCAACAAGAAUGGGAUUCAGCCCUUGCUGAGCGAAAUCGUCAGUGAGCAAACCGGUUGGACGGUCUUCCUCCUGCCCCUGCGCAUGGACGAUGCGGGCGCCAGCUUCGACCGUCCCAUGACGGGCUUGGCGGCCCCCACUGAGGAGAAGAGUGAGAGCAACGUGAAGUCGGGGGUGGUCUAUCGUGCCAUUCAGGCUGGUGCUGCCAACCAGUACAAGCUGGACCAUUUGCGCUUCAAGGUUUGGGAGCAGGUGGAAGCUGCUGGCGUGGUCUAUGCAGAGGCCACCUUCCUCACGGUCUCCUUCGAGAGCGUGAAGAUCCUGGCAGAGCAUUGUGCCAAGAUGGGCAACACCUUUUGCCUGAGCUUAUCGGCUCCCUACGUGUGCCGCUACUUCGGGGAUCGCAUCCUUACUGUCAUCCCUUACACCGACUUCAUUUUCGGCUGCGAGAGCGAAUACCUGGCCCUGGCCGAGCAGAAGCGUUCCGAAGGCCUUCCGCAGGAUGUGGAUGCGGUGGCCACCUGGCUGGCGAAGAUGCCCCGCUCGGACGGGGAGAACUGGAAGCGACGCCACGUGGUCAUCACCUGUGGGGAGAAACCCACCAUCGUGGCCAGUACCUGGCGUGGCUACGGGGUCAAGGUGCAACGUUUUCCGGUGCCACCCGUCCGGAGCCAGCGCUUCGUGCGCAAGGACGGUGCAGGGGACGCCUUUGCAGGCGGCUUUUUGUACGGUCUGAUGCAUGAGGCAGAUGUGGAGAGCUGCGUGCAGAUGGCACUUUAUUGUGCGAGCGUGGCAGUGCAGCGAACAGGCCCAGGCUUCUCCUUCAAGGACAAGCCGAGCUUGUCAAGGUCUGCGCCCUGAGGUUUCUGCGAAGUGUGCAGAGGCCACACCUGAAGGGGGCACGCUGCACAGCGGAAAAAGACUGGGCGCCCUAUGGGUGGAAACCGUGGGAAACAGUGCAGACAUGUUGACUGUUUGUUUGAUGUGUUUGUUUGCGGCGGG